CCAAGCGCGAGAAGAACGGAUGGGCGUUGGACCAGAAGAACGCGCGAGCUUUUUCACGGGGCGCAGUGAAAAGACAAAGGACAGCACGAGCAGGCCAUGCGAGCUCUACAGGUAUAAGCGCGUGUGUCGGCGGCGGCAAAGCUGGCGUGCACCGCUUGGCGCAGGUGCGGCUACGGAGUCGUUUAUUGAUCGACGUGGCGCGCGCUUGCGCCAUCGGCGCGCGCAAACCCACGGCAGGGUUACACCGUGCCUCGGCCUUAGUGCGCCCGAGCGCGGACCGAGUGAGUGGACUGGCGGAGCGACGAAGACACGGGUUACGAGGCGUUCAGGCGACGCAUUUGUCCACGAAACAGCGCGAGCGUAACGCUGUCCUCGUGCCUCGGUGCGGCGCUACUUCGACGCUGCAAGCUCGUGUUCUGGUGCAUCGGCCAGCAGCACGCCGCUGGUAGAGUCGCCUCCGCGAAGAAGCGAUUGACGGGAGCCUCUCGGCCCAGUGGCAGCAACAUGGUUGCCGGGCCCGCCGCCGCUGCUGCGGCCUCCGCGGCCGCUGGCGUCGUCGCCGAGGACGGCCCCAUCGUCAGACCCCUGGAUCAGGUAUCGCCAGCAGUGUACGUCGGCGUGUGCGUGGGCAUGGGCUUUUUGGUAUCGGUGAUAGCAAUGACAUGGUGGCUGUGUCGCCGACGUCGCGAGCAUACAAAGCUUGGCUCGGACAAAUCAUUAGCCUUCAGGCCACCGCAUCGUAAGCCAACGGCAGUGAAAAGUCCCGGCAGUCAAGGUCACUAUCUAAAGAAAAGUCCAAGUCCCACGGGUCCGGCUAAAAGUCCACCUGGUGCACAGACGCCGAGUCCCACGGGGCCUCAACCUACCAAUUUACCAGGCCAGUCAAGACAAUCUCCCCAAGGUGGAGCCACACCGGUACAAACGCCAUCGGCAGACGUGACGUUGAGUAUCGAGAACGAGCGUGACAAGGCCGAAUUGGAGAACAGCGAGAAGGCUGACCGGAACGGCGACUGCAAAACGUUCGAAUCCGACAGGAAUGGUCUUGGACAGUUGGUUUUCAAAUUGCGAUAUCUAAGCGAGCAAAAUGCCCUAGUUGUCACGGUCGUCAAGUGCAAGGGUCUGCCAGCUCGUGGUCAACACAAUGCCAGCAGUGAUCCAUAUGUCAAGUUGCAGCUGUUACCCGAUAAACAACACCGUACUAAGACCAGAGUGCUUAGAAACACUAGGGAUCCAAUUUACGAUGAGGACUUUACAUUCUUUGGUAUAUCGCGUACUCAGCUUCAGAAAAUCAGCCUGCACUUCGUAGUCAUGAGUUUUGACAGAUACUCACGGGAUGACGUUAUUGGAGAAGUUGUCUGCGCAAUCUCUUCAAUAACCGACUUGGAUAUUACGCAAAACCAGCAUAUCACUUUGUGUCACGAAAUAUGCCCGAGAAAUUUGAAGAUCCAAUCUCAAGGUCGCGGAGAGCUUUUGGUAUCAUUAUGCUGGCAACCCGCAGCAAGUAAACUGACGGUAGUCGUACUGAAAGCUCGAAAUUUACCAAAGAUGGACGUGACAGGAUUAGCAGAUCCCUACGUGAAGAUUUAUUUGCUUUACAAUGGUCAGCGUAUCGCUAAGAGGAAGACGCACGUGAAGAAACGCACGCUCAACCCUAUUUUCAACGAGUCAAUCGUGUUCGAGAUUCCGCAUGGCGCCGAGGGUCUCGGUAAGAUCAGUUUGGAGUUUGCUCUACUUGACUGGGACAGAGUUACCAAGAACGAGGUCAUUGGACGGCUAGAAAUUGGCGGACCCAAGUGUCAAGGCUCAGCGCUGAAUCAUUGGAACGAGGUUUGCAGCUCGCCGAAACGUCAAAUUGCUGACUGGCAUAAAUUACGAGAGUAAACGGCGCUAGAGUUACCAUCUUGAUGAAAUAUAUGUAACUCGCGUGAUUUUACCCGCCGCUCCCUCGAUCGAGAAAACAAAAAAAAAGACAAACUUAUCCUACGAAAACAGUUCUAUCUCUCUCCUUCUCUCGGCCCUCAUUGUCCAGUCAAUCCAAAGCGUAUUCACUAAUCUAAUCGCGCAUGUAUCAAAUCUGAGCACUUCCAUACUUGUCACGCUUUCCGCAGAAACAGUAUUAUUAAAGCCUUAUCUGCAUGCAGUUCAAUUACUUACAUAUAUAUAUCAGUUAGACCGACAUUCCCGCCAGAGCGAGGAAAAAACUCCCCUUUGGAAGUAUUGACCUGGAAAUCAAGUGUACAACGAGUGCUCAGAUCUUUUACAAAGUGAAUGAUACGCAAAUGGAGGCACGGCAAUUGUAUUCUGUUUUAUAAAACCAUAUAAUCGAUGUAUAGAAUGUUAGGGGAAAGGGGAGGCGACGAUCUAAGUAAUGGCCCAUAUAUCGAUUACCGAGUAUGCGUCCCUGAUUAUUAUUAGAUCCAACCAUUAAUGGUUCUCGAGCUUUUUGUCUGAUCGAUGAAAAAUGUCUUCACUUUGAGAAAUCGACCGAUAACACUUUGCUUCGUUAUUUAUUAAACUUCUCUUCCUUAUUAUUAACUUACAAUAUUUUACCACUCGACAUUGUCAAUAUAAAGUUACAAUUCGAAUGUUAGUGUGAUGGUGAUAGCAAAAUUUGUAGUGAAAGACGUUAUGUUUACGGCUUUGGUUAUCAAUUGCUUCUGAGUGAAAUUCGAGAGAAUCAGCCAGGAAAAAUUGUGUAAGCGACGAAUGAAACAUGAUGUAACAAUGUGAAGCUUAGAGAUUAAAAAAUCAAGAUUAUUCGACUGAUUAAUAGUGAUAUAUAUGUAGAUAGCGAAAAAUAUUGUGCGCUGUGAAUAUUUUUUACGUCGUUUUACGCCUUAAUUUAUCUGAUGGAUAUCAAGCUCAUUCUAUAUAGUAUCAAAAAGCAUUUGGAACUUCUUAUGUACAAUUGCUUGAACUGCGAGAGAAUACUUGAAAUGAAAAAAAAACAAAUUUUUUAAGUCACAAUGAUUGUUCGAUUUCUCGAAGUGAGCAUGAGACAAAUUGGUAAAAGGUUCACGAGUGAUAGCGAAAAAACAAACCAAAGGUCAGUGUCUGACUAAAUGUAAAAUUGUAAUCGUUUUGUGCGGCGUGGAUGUUCUUAUUUAAACAUAAAUUGAACAUAGACAUUCACGAACUCGCCCUGGUUAAACGAUAUCAUGAAAAUUCUACGGAAUAUAUGUGUAUAUUAUAAUUUAUCAUUAUGUAAAUUUUAUCAUUGCGUAAUAUAGUUAAUCCUACAUUUCAUUAAAUUUAUAAUUUUUCAUCGAUCUAUUUUUUUAUGAUACUAUAUUUGAGAAUUCAUGAUGUCAGUUUACGCUUCAGAGAUAUACGUAAACUGCAAGACAGUAUUUUAUAAUAAUCAUUUAAUUGCGCGUGCUCCUCCUUAAUAAUUAUUGUCUAUCAUUUUUCCUUUGAUUAUAGCGUGAACAAUAAAUAUUUACUGAAUUUUGUAUUGAUAAACUAAAUAAAUGCAGUCACUGAUAAAACACUAACAUAAAAUAAAGUGAAACUCCGAAUCAUGCCUGUUGAACACAAACAUUAUCACGCAAGUACGAUAAGUACACCCAAGAUUAAGCAGAAUGAAUUAUUACCUUACUCACGAUUAGUCGAUCGAAAAAAAAAAUUAAAUAACUUAGAUAUUUUUGUUGGACAUUAAUGCUUGCAUUUGAAAUUAGCAAACAGUAUUAGUGCUAAAAAAGACAAUUUACGUUAAAGCAUCAUAUUUUAUUGAAUAAAACUAUAAUACAUAUUUACAAUGAUGUCUUGUUAAAAGUUAUCGUUGCAAAUAUGCAUUGACGUUGGCUCAGAAAUAGUUAGAUGCGAAUUAUAUUAAUAGAAUUAUACGUACUUUCGUAAAUUACAAAAAUGAAAUGUGAUGGGGGACGAAGUUUAACGAACGAAUUUUGAGUUUGUGUAGUUUCAAGGUCAUUCCAAAGAUUUUGAAUUUUAUCAGUUCUAUGAAAAAAUAGUAAGUAAAAUUUAUAAAAAAAAGCGUGUUUAUAUUGAGUAUGUUAUCUCAUUUAUUGGCCAUGUAUCAUUUUCUAACAUUGUAAUGUAUCAAAAGUUUUGGUCCGACUUUUAACGAAAAUUGAAACUUCUCAACGAAAAUAAAGUCGACCCAUUGUAAAAAUAAUCCAAUAUGUAGAAAUUUUUAUUUUUCAACAAAAAAUAAAAAUGAAAUUUAUGUUGCUAUACGCGAUGCCUUUUCGUAGUAUCGCUUUCUGGAGAUUACCUUUAAAAAAUACCUUAUACAUUUGACUAUCACGUAAAAGUAGUAACUAGGCUGAUCACUUUGAACGAAAUCAUCGAGAUUGAACUCAUUUUUGGCAUUCACAACCAUUACGACGCGUAUGUACACACUUGAGUUCAACGUACCAAUACAACUACUGCGCACGUAUAGAGAAGGAAGUGAAUAUGGGCAAGUUGUUAUUGAAUAACAUAACCGAUCAACAACAAAAAAAACAU